AUGCAUCUGUGUUUCGGUACGUCAAAGUCGACAGUACAGGAUUUAGGUGAAAGAGGUGGUCCUCUUUUUGAUGGAAUGAGCAAACGUUAUUCGAAUAAAAAUGCCUUACCAUUUCCAAACAGCAAAAAUAUAAACACUUUAGUUCGACCAGAGCAGCAUGCUGUGAGUGGAAGAAAGCACAGAGAAUUAGCAAAAUUCCAUGUAAAAUAUAAACAGAGAUGUAAAAAAGAUGUGAUUCUAAUGCAUACUGUGAGGUGGUGGCUAAGGUCAAAUGAGGAGGUAGAAGAUGGCGGAGCGAAGUUUAAAGUUAAAACAGACGAUUAUAUACCUGCACUGCAAAUAGAAAUAGACAAUACUGUGUGCAGGAAAAAAUUUGAGAACUUCAAUGAUUUAUGGUUAAAUAGAAUCUGUGAUUGGAAGGAAAUUUUACAUCCAGAUGCAAAUCAAUGUAAACCAUUUAAACACUUGUCAGAGAGGCAAUUUGUUCCUCUGUGGAGAAAUAUGGAGAGUAUUGAUGAGAAUACUUCUUCGGCAAAUGAGAGGUUCCUUACGUCCUCCUAUAAACACAGCGUAAGAGAUGAAUUCUUCAAGCACCAUCCCGACAGUGAUCAAUUAGGUCUAGCAAUAUUAAAAAGAACUGUACUCUCAGCAGACUCGAUCACUGCAUAUUAUCCAUGCAAGUCUCACUCAGAACACCAUAAUCUUGGGUGGUUGGUCAAUAAUAAGUUUGAUCACUUUGGAGGAAAAGCCAUGCCUCGGUCGCAAAAUUCCUGCUCAAUGAACGCCUCUCGCCAGAAAGAUAUGAUCCAGCAAACGUAUAUUACAGAAAUAUUUCCAGUAAAAAAGGAAAUGUGGUCUAAAAUUCUUACCAAUCAAAUGAAAUAUUGCCAUAAACAACGUCAGACUGUCAUCCAUCGAGAGUGGGACCUAGCAAAGCUAUGCCAGCUGAUCUCGCCUCCUGGAGUACACAACGAUUCUAUAUUUCCUCAACAAAGAUCCAUUCAAAUUGAUAAAAGUUACAUUGGCAAGAAGCAUUCAGGGAACACGAAUUUCGUAAUGGAACAGAUGUUUUCUACACUGAAGGAAGAAGUGACCUCUAAACACCCUGUAAAAAUGUUUCAUUCUGGUCAGUUUACUGGUUCAAAGGAAAUGGAGGACAAAGCAAAAUCCAGAUCCGUUGAAUUUUACUCGCUGUCUAAUCGUUCGCAGAGCACCCACUAA